GUGCGCGAAGCCUUCGAGGCCGUCGACCUCGACGGCUCGGGCGUCAUCGACAAGUUCGAGAUGGCGCGCGCGCUGCGGCGGCUCGGCGCGACGUCGGCGACGCUCGACGACGCGGAGCGCAUGCUGCGGUCCGUGGACAAGGGCGGCGACGGCACGGUGGACAUGCGCGAAUUC